AUGACUCGAGCUUCUACUUGCGCUGCCAACUUUGGCCUCCUUCUGAUAGCUUUGGUUCUGUUGCUUGACUCUGUUGUGGGCAAGCUCAUCCCUAAGCAUGUCAAGCACCUUGUCUUCGCUCGCGAAGCCAGCAUUGAUCAAUGUUUCCUUACCAAGCUUGAUGUUAAUGAAAAGGGGUACAAGGACCUCUGCGAAGGAGACAAAAAUCCCACUCAUCCUUGCUUCACUCACUGGUACGGAAAUCUUCACGACGUGGAUGCUCGCCCCUUCCUUGAACCAUUCGACAUCACCCAGAACCUCAUGAUCAAGGACGACAAAAGGACGGAUUCCUUCGUGAUAAGGUAUCCCAACCUCGGUGGAGUUUACUUCGUCUGCUCGAACAUCGAUCCUGAAACCGGAUGCAAGGACAUCACUCUCAAGAGGGGUGACAACACUGCCUGGAGGAUCUGGAUCUCGGACGAGAAAGACAACAACAGGGACCUCGAUACUUUCGCGAAAGAGACUACGACCGGAAGAUUCUGCACCAAGUGGAUCCACAUUCACAUCAAGAAAGAUGGCUAG